CUGGCGGCGGCGGCANGGCGGUGGUGAGGCUCGAGCACGGGAGGAGCUGAACCGUGUAAAGCCUGCGGUAACCCAGGACAGGACAGGACAAGGGCUCCUAAGUUCGAAGCCUGCUUUGCUGCUGAGAUCACCCCUUCCGGCCGGAGAAGUCAGGAAAUCCUGCAUAUAGCUCCGCGGGCUGAGCUGAGCAUCCAGGGGGCGCAGAGCACCACGGACCCAGCCACACCCUCUGCUGCAGGAUGGAGAUGUCUGCCCAGAGGCUGGCUUCUAACAGGACAUCCCCACAGUCACCAUCGAACUCUGACUACACCUGGGAAUACGAGUACUAUGAGAUCGGACCAGUUUCCUUUGAAGGACUGAAGGCUCAUAAAUAUUCCAUUGUGAUUGGAUUCUGGGUUGGUCUCGCGGUCUUUGUGAUUUUCAUGUUUUUUGUGCUGACUUUGCUGACGAAGACAGGUGCCCCACACCAAGACAAUGCGGAGUCCUCAGAGAAGAGGUUCCGGAUGAACAGCUUUGUGUCAGACUUUGGGAAGCCACUGGAGUCAGACAAGGUGUUUUCUCGUCAGGGCAACGAGGAGUCCAGGUCUCUGUUCCACUGUUACAUCAAUGAAGUAGAACACUUGGACAGGGUUAAAGUUUGCCACCAAACAACAGCCAUCGACAGUGAUGUCCACCUCCAGGAAGCCAUCAGAAGCAGUGGGAGGCCUGAGGAGGAGCUAGCCAGGUUCAUGAAGUUUGACAUCCCCAACUUUGUGAACACAGAGCAGAGCUCCUUUGGGGAGGAUGACCUUCUGAUUUCGGAAGCACCUGUUCUUCUAGAAAACAAGCCAGUUUCCCAGACAUCAUGUAUAGACCUGGACUGAGAGACACUUGUGCCUUACUGAGGAUGUGUUCUGUCUCUGUACAGCAAGAAACUGCAAGCUACCCACACUCGUGUGUAUGUGUGUGUGUGUGUGUGUGAGUGUGUGUGGAGAGAGA